GCCGCUCCGGGGUCCUCCGUCCGCUCCGGGAGAGUUAGGGCUCCGAGCCGAGCGCGCGGAGCGGCUGGGGCCGGGGCGCGGAUGCUGGAAGUUCACAUCCCGUCGGUGGGGCCCGAGGCCGAGGGGCCCAGGCAGAGCCCGGAGAAAAGCCACAUGGUGUUCCGAGUGGAGGUGCUGUGCAGCGGGCGCAGACACACGGUGCCGAGGCGCUACAGCGAGUUCCACGCGCUGCACAAGCGGAUCAAGAAGCUGUACAAAGUGCCCGACUUCCCCUCGAAACGCCUGCCCAACUGGAGGACCAGAGGGUUGGAACAGCGCCGGCAGGGCUUGGAGGCCUACAUCCAGGGCAUCCUGUACCUGAACCAGGAGGUGCCCAAGGAGUUACUGGAAUUCCUGAGACUUCGGCACUUCCCCACAGACCCCAAGGCUAGCAACUGGGGCACCCUGGGGGAGUUCCUGCCUGGCCACAGCAGCUCCCAGCAGCACCAGCGGCCUGUCCUGAACUUCCAUGUGGAUCCCUAUGUUUACACCCCCUCCCCAGAGUCGCUGCCCAACGUGGUGGUGAAUGGUGUGCUCCAGGGCCUCUACAGCUUCAGCAUCAGCCCAGCUAAAGCCCAGCCAAAGGCGGCCUGUCACCCUGCUCCUCUACCACCGAUGCCCUGAUCAGUCCAGAGGCCUUUGGCUGCCUCCUAAGAAAGUCAUGUGCCUCCCUGCUAUGAACUCCAUAUAAGGCUAGGUCCUCCUUUGGCCUGGACCCAGGACUUAACUACCGAGUGCCCAGUUGUGCCAUAUUCCCGCUCAAGGCUCCGAACUUGGCUCGCAUUGGUAGCUGAAGGUGGUAGAAUUUGCAUGCUCUUAGAGCCCAACAGCCAAGGCUGUCAAGAAGAUAAGUAAUAAAGGAAGAAGUCAGCCAGGUGCAGUGGCUCACGCCUGUAAUCCCAGCACUUUGGGAGGCCAAGGUGGGUGGAUCACCUGAGGUCAGGAGUUCAAGACCAGCCUGACCACCAUGGAGAAACCCCAUCUCUACUAAAAAUACAAAAUUAGCCGGGCGUCGUGGUGGUGCAUGCCUGUAAUCCCAGCUACUUGGGAAGCUGAGGCAGGAGAAUCGCUUGAACCCGGGAGGCGGAAGUUGUGGUCAGCCGAGAUCGCGCCACUGCACUCCAGCAUGGGCAGCAAGAGCGAAACUCCGUCUCAAAAUAAAUAAAUAAAUAAUAAAGGAAAAAGUCA